AAAUCCGAUUCGUUGAUCGUUAAGCGUUUGGUAGAUUGAAUCUCGGCUGCUUUGAGUUCUGCAUCGAUCAUUCAUUGAUAUUUGUCUAUCUGAUGAAGAUGAGGGUGAGCAGCACUCUGUAUGUGGGCGAUCUGGAGCCGGACGUGACUGAAGCCAUGCUGUUCGAGCGCUUCAAAUCGGUCGGUUCGAUUCAGUCCGUCCGAGUCUGUCGAGACAAACUCACGAGCCGCUCGCUCGGAUACGCGUAUGUGAACUUCGAGCGACCCGCUGAUGCCGAACGAGCCUUGGAUACCAUGAACUUUGACCUCAUGCAGGGUAAGCCGAUGCGUCUAAUGUGGUGUCAGCGAAACCCUUCACUCAGGAAGAGCGGCGUGGGAAACAUCUUCAUUAAGAACCUGCAGAAAUCCAUUAACAGCGAGGGCCUGCUUGACAUCUUCUCGUCAUUUGGAAACAUCUUGUCCUGUAAAGUGGCUUGCGAUGAAAACGGAUCGAAAGGCUUUGGAUUUGUGCACUUUGAGACGCAUGAAGCUGCUGAAAAAGCCAUCAAGAAAUUAAACGGCAUGUUGAUCAACGAGCUGAAAGUGUUCGUCGGCCACUUCAAAUCGCAAAAAGAGCGUGAAGCUGAAAUGCAGAUGAGAGCAAAAGAGUUUACAAACAUUUACAUCAAGAACUUUGGCACAGAUGUGGAUGCCAAGAUGCUCACUGACAUAUUCAGCAAAUUCGGCUCAACCCUGAGCGUUCGGGUCAUGACGGAUGAGAGCGGAAACUCUAGAGGAUUUGGUUUCGUCAGCUUUGAGAGUCACAGUGAUGCGAAGCGGGCGGUGGACGAAUUGAACAGGACGGAGCUGAACGGCAGGCAGGUGUUCGUGGGCCGUGCUCAGAAGAGACGAGAACGUCAGGUGGAGUUGAAGCGGCGCUUCGAGCUGAUAAAUCAGGAGCGCAUGAUGCGCUAUCAGGGAGUGAAUCUGUACGUCAAGAAUCUGAGCGACAGCGUGGACAGCGAACUUCUCCUCAAAGAGUUCUCGCCAUACGGGAACAUCACCAGCGCUAAGGUGAUGACAGACGGCGGCCGCAGCCGAGGCUUUGGAUUCGUUUGCUUCUCCUCUGCUGAGGAGGCCACCAGAGCCAUUACUGAGAUGAACUGCCGCAUCAUCGGCUCCAAGCCCAUAUACGUCUCUCUCGCCCAGAGGAAGAAGGAGCGUCAGGCCCACCUCAUCCACCAAUACAUGAUGAGAAGGGCAAGCUUCCAAAGGCAGCAGCUGACGCUAAACCCGCUGGUGGAGCCGUUCCACCCGAAACCACACGCUGAGCACUUCAUACCUCCACAGGUUCAGAAUCACUCUUCAUACCACAUCACCCAACCUCAACCCAGAACUCAAUGGGACGCACAGAGCAUCAGCCCUCAGUAUGCCCAAAACACCCCAAGAGCCGUUCAGUCCACAGUGAGUGACAUCAGACCCAAAACAUCCAUGAUGAGCUGUCAGAGCGCAGCCAGUCACACUCACUGGACGCCCGGCACAGCUGCACCAGUGAACGGAGCACUGCAACACGCGUUCACACCUGAAGAUCACAACUAUCACAGGUUCACAAGCGCACCGCAGGAGCAAUGUGCUGUGCAGCAGGUCCAGGAGUCUCUGACCGCAUCCAUGUCCAGCUCACCAGAAAACCUCAAACAUAUGCUGAGUCACAACCUCUUCCCACUCGUCCAGGACAUGGUAGGGCCCUUGGCGAAUAAGAUCACUGAAAUGCUGUUAGAGAUUGAUGAAUCUGAACUGCUUCAGUUGCUGCGUUGUCAUGAAGCUUUGUGCAUGAAGGUGAAUGAAGCUCUUGCUGUUUAUCAGUCUUAUCAGCCAGUGGAAGCGACACAGAUAUCAUUCCCCAGCCCUGUCUGAGACAAUGUCCAAGACCACAGCGUAUUUUUUUCAUUUUAAAAAUGAAUAUGCAUUUGAUUUUUGUAUUUAUUUUAAUUAAUUUAACAAUUUAAUGUCAAUUUCAAAAAUUAUUCUGCAUAAAUAUAUUUGCAUUUUUCAAUGUCAAUUAAGAAAAUUGUUAAUCAACAAUAGCCUAUAAAUAAAUAUAUUUUGCAGU